AUGUUCCCCAAGUCUAUCAUCACUGCCAGCGCUAUCGGCCUUGCCACUCUCGGCAUGAUCCAGGCUGCACCUCUGAGCACCGACGAGUUCCAGAGCCUCGCUCUCAUCAACCAAGCCCGCCAGAAGGUCGGCCAGGCUCCUCUUGCCUGGGAUGAUGCCCUCAAGCAGGAUGCCCACGUCUGGUCCGGGAACCUUGCCGCUGACGACAAGCUUGAGCACGCGCCUGCCUCUGGCCGCAACGGCGCUGGUGAGCUUCUCAGUAUGUUCCGCACUGAGGACCGCACCUCUGUCCAGAUGACUCGCCCCAUCACUGAAUCCUCCAAGAACUGGCUCAACGCCGAUGGCCAGCAGCAGUCUACUGAUGUUGCCAAGCAGCUUGGUCUUGCCGAGCAGCUUCUCUCGGGUAAGGCCACCCGCAUCGGAUGUGCCACCUCCACUGUCAACGGCAACUCGGAGUCACAGUGGUUCCUCUACACUGUCUGCCGCGUUCACGCUGACAUCCAGCCUGCUGAGAACAACUCCCUUGACCGCCGUGGUAGUGGUUCUGGUGUCAUGACCUGGUUCAACCCUUCGCUGGGCUCCUGUGGUAGAAUCAACGGAGACAACGACAUGGUCGUCGCCAUCUCCCACAUCACCAUGGAUGAUGCUGGAGGCAACCCCAACAACAACCCCAACUGUGGCAAGACGAUCACCAUCUCCCGCGGCGGCAUCACUAAGACUGCUACCAUCGUCGACAAGUGUAUGGGAUGUGGUGUUGACCACAUUGACGUCAGCCCUGCCGUCUUCAGAGCCUUUGCCGACCUUGGCGCUGGCAAGAUUGGCGAUGUUUAG